UGGCAGGGGAACCGGAAGUGGAGGCGCUGCUGCUUGGCGCUGGGGCCGGAGGAGGGGACGCGCGCCGGAACGGGGCCGCCGGGACCAAGGGAGCGACAGACACGCAACCCGCCGACGCCGCAGCCGCUGGGGGCCCGCACGGACCCUCUGCCUCUGUGUAGAAUGAGCCAAGGAGACUCGAACCCAGCAGCUAUUCCACAUGCAGCAGAAGAUAUUCAAGGAGAUGACAGGUGGAUGUCUCAGCAUAAUAGGUUUGUUCUGGACUGUAAAGACAAAGAGCCGGACGUUCUGUUUGUGGGAGAUUCCAUGGUACAGUUGAUGCAGCAGUACGAGAUUUGGCGAGAGCUGUUUUCCCCACUUCAUGCACUUAAUUUUGGAAUUGGGGGAGACACAACACGACAUGUUUUAUGGAGACUAAAGAAUGGAGAACUGGAGAACAUUAAGCCUAAGGUCAUUGUUGUCUGGGUAGGAACAAACAACCAUGAAAAUACAGCAGAAGAAGUAGCAGGUGGAAUUGAGGCAAUUGUACAGCUUAUAAAUACAAGGCAGCCACAGGCCAAAGUCAUUGUGCUGGGUCUGUUACCUCGAGGGGAGAAGCCCAACCCUUUAAGACAAAAGAAUGCCAAGGUGAACCAGCUUCUCAAGGUUUCCCUGCCGAAGCUUGCCAAUGUGCAGCUCCUGGAUACAGACGGGGGCUUCGUGCACUCGGACGGUGCCAUCUCCUGCCACGACAUGUUUGAUUUUCUACACCUCACAGGAGGGGGCUAUGCAAAGAUCUGCAAACCCCUCCAUGAACUGAUCAUGCAGUUGCUGGAGGAAACACCGGAGGAGAAGCAAACCACCAUUGCUUGACUGGCCCCGUCAGUGUUAACAGCAUCCCAGCUUCCUCAGAUCAGUUACACCACUGGCACUACAGAAUCCUUAAGGCACUUUGCAUUGUACAGUGUUCCUGGAUGCUUGUAUCUAAUGUUUGAAGGGGAGGAGGGAUUUAAACUGGUCCUGUAUAUAAAGGUUUGUUUGGCACAGGAGAAAAAUUAGCCAAGGAAAAUUCAUUUGAAACCAGAAGGGGACUUUUUUGUUGUAUAUGACACAUUUGUCAAAGUAUCACUGUUUUUCCUAGGACAACAUCAAGCACGAGUACAAUAUGAAGAUUCUUUUCUUGGCCCUUUUUUCUGUGGAUUAUGUUAUAUGUGAUAAUUAUCAUAUCUACUUGGCUUUAAACUUAUUUUUGGUCCAGUUUUAAGGUUCAUGAGUUUGUGUGUUGUGUUGUUUUGUUUGAUUCCUGUAUCCUCAGUAUUUUUAUUAGCAAAUAGCAUCAUAUUAAACAUGAUUGUCACUCAGAUAUGAAAGAUGCUAUAAUUAACAAGCAAGUUUAUUCCUCUCAAUCUAGCAGUGAAACAAGUUCUGGGGACUGUGGGAUAUUAUUUGUAUGCUGCUGAAUCAAUAUCAUGUCUGUAAUAGACCCAUGCAUGCAGCCUUUCCUCUGCUUCCCCUUCAUCUCUUUGCAGGUGGGUUUAAUUACAUUGCAAGCUUUUAACUCAUUUUUAAUCUAGGAGUUGCAUUGCUGUCAGGAUGAUCUUAUUGAUGUAUAACUCAUUCCGUGUGGUGUUCUGUGAUGUUAGGGUCUGUGUAGUGUUACUCAGAGUUCUGGUUGUCGUGCCCCCCCCCCCCCACACCUGUUAUGGUUUCCUUUGUUUGGAGUAGGGGAUCAGAAUUGUUUCCCAUUCCAUAAUGCCUGAUAUUAUUUCAAGUUUUAUAUAUUAUCUUAAGGUGUAUAUGUUUGUUUUCAUUUUAUAUAUAUAUAUAUAGAUAGAUAGAUAUAUUUUACAGUGCCGGAUCAAACCCAGGGCCUAGCACAUACUAAGCAAGUGCUCUGCCACUGAAGUAAUCCUUAGUCUUGUUUGUUUCUUAAUUGGUUUAAUUCUUAAAUUCUAUCAGUAAAAAAAUAUUUGGCUUUUUCCACGGGAAACAGUGAAGCUACUCUCAUAGUAGAUGUUUUCUCUUUUUUGGGUUUUUUGAAAGCAGAGUUUCUCUGUGUAGUCCUGGCUGUUCUAGAACUCUCUCUCUGUUUACCAGGCUGGCCUCAAAACUCAAGAGAUCAGCCUACCUCUGCCUCACCAGUGCUAGGAUCAAAGGCGUAUGUCACCUUGCCCCACUUUGGAUAUGCUGGAUUUAUUCCACCAUUUUAGUAAAGAUGAGAACUAGGUUUGUCUUUUAGUUUUUGAGGCAGGGUCUUGCUGUGUAGUUCUGGGUAGCCAGGAACUUGGUAUAUAGACCAGACUGGCCUUGAACUCACAGAGGUCUUUUUGCCCCCGCCUCCUGAGGACUGAGAUUAAAGGCAAACACCACCAUGCAGGUGGCUUAUUUAACUUUUAAGGCACCUUAUAUAAUGCGUGUUCAUCGAGAUUUUAACAGUCUGCUCUUGAGCUACACAAACUGCCAAUUGAGAGAACAGGAGAUUGUUGGUUGUCCGGUAUGCAUAUAGACCCUGUACAAGCUGGAUCUACAAAAAUUUUAAACUGGACCAGGUCAACCCAUUAAAUGUGCUCUUCCAUGAUUCUGCUUAAUGGUUACAUUCAGUAGCUAUGAUCUAGACUUUAUGUUCUGCUUUCAAAGCAGCUCUUAGGGCUGUUAGAGGAGUUGCUGGUUUGUGCUGAGACCUGCACCUGACUGAGAAGGAUAGACGUUGGGAUGGCUUUUUUUCCUUAUGAACCUCUUUGUAGGAAUUUAUUUUAAUGCAUAGUCUUGUGAAUGUAUCAUGUCUUUAUUAGCGACAGGAAAAUACACAUGGUAUUUACUAAAAUUGUUUACUACAUUCAAAUUCCCUUUUAUUUUUUUAGUAGCCCAAGUUCUUGAGUUUUUCAAGAUAUUGUUUUCUGAACUGAGGUAUAAUUUUAGAAAGGAGAUCUAAUUAAGCCAGAAUUUUGUGUGUAAAAAGAACAUUUCUAUCCAGGUGUUUCUGUGUUCCUCAGAGUGGGAGUAUGGUCCAAAUGAAUCCAUUAGAUCACUCCUGCAGCAUGCGCUUGUAGCUUCUCUUGACCAAGGAUGAGCUAGUCUUAUGAGUUGACCUUCAGCUCCUGCGUAUGUGUAUAAACCUCAGAUGUUACUACAUUUUAUAUCUAUCAGAGCUAUUCAAGCAAUAGUAUUUGAACCACUAGCCUUUUAAAUAAAACUCAGCUCUAUUGCUAACGUGCAGA